CGGCCGCCCUCCCGGCGCGGAUCGCCAGGCACGCUCCCCGCCGCGGCCGCCCCCAGGCCCUAGCCCCGUGAAGCACUGUGGAGGCCCGGCCCGCUGGCGGGCUGGUCACGUGCGGCCGGGAGGGGCGUUGGAGGCCGGGAGUCUGCAGGAAUGUAGUUAACUUGCAGGGGAAAGUUUCCCUCCGCGGACGUCCGCGGAUCCUGUGCGGGCGGGCGCGCAGAGGAAGGAAGAGCCGGGAGGAGGCGGAGCCGCGAGCGGCUCGGGCGGGCGGUUCUCUCAACUUUAGUUUUGGCGUCUGAGGCGAGUUUCUGUCUCAGUCGGGCGCAGCCGCCGCCGGGGAAAAGAAAGGGAGGAAGGAAGGAACAAGAAGAGGAAAUAAGAGAGAAAGGGGGAGGGGAAAGGCAACUAGCUGUCCGGCAUCCGUCAAGGGCGUGAAGGAAAAAAGUUCUCGGGCGCGCAGGUCCGGGGCUCUCGCAGCCCCUCCCGAGGCGCAGCCGCCAGACCAGUGGAGCCGGGGCGCAGGGCGGGGGCGGAGGCGCCGGGGCGGGGGAUGCGGGGCCGCGGCGCAGCCCCCCGGCGCUGAGAGCAAGGCGAGCGCCGCUCCCGCCGCCCAGCGCCGCCGGCCCGCCACCCUCGCCGGUUCUCCCAUCUCGGCCCGUCGAGCCGGGGCGCCCGGGCGGAGCCCUCGCCCGCCUGGUCGGGGUGCGCGUCGGGGGAGGGAGAAACCAUGGAUCCCGGGCAGCAGCAGCCGCCGCCUCAGCCAGCCCCCCAGGGCCAAGGGCAGCCGCCCGCGCAGCCCCCCCAGGGGCAGGGCCCGCCGUCCGGGCCCGGGCAGCCGGCACCCCCGGGGUCCCAGGCGGCACCGCAGGCCCCCCCCGCCGGGCACCAGAUCGUGCACGUCCGGGGGGACUCGGAGACCGACCUGGAGGCGCUUUUCAACGCCGUCAUGAACCCCAAGACGGCCAACGUGCCCCAGACUGUGCCCAUGAGGCUCCGGAAGCUGCCUGACUCCUUCUUCAAGCCUCCAGAGCCCAAGUCCCACUCCCGACAGGCCAGUACUGAUGCAGGCACUGCAGGGGCCCUGACUCCACAGCAUGUUCGAGCUCAUUCCUCUCCAGCUUCCCUGCAGCUGGGAGCCGUAUCUCCUGGGACACUGACACCCACGGGAGUAGUCUCUGGCCCAGCAGCUGCACCCACUGCUCAACACCUUAGACAGUCUUCUUUUGAGAUACCUGAUGACGUACCUCUGCCAGCGGGCUGGGAGAUGGCAAAGACAUCUUCUGGUCAGAGAUACUUCUUAAAUCACAUAGAUCAAACAACAACAUGGCAGGACCCCAGGAAGGCCAUGCUCUCCCAGAUGAACGUUACAUCCCCUGCCAGUCCACCAGUGCAGCAGAACAUGAUGAAUUCGGCCUCAGCCAUGAACCAGAGAAUCAGUCAGAGUGCUCCAGUGAAACAGCCACCACCCCUGGCCCCCCAGAGCCCUCAGGGAGGAGUCAUGGGUGGUGGCAAUUCCAACCAGCAGCAACAGAUGCGGCUGCAGCAGUUGCAGAUGGAGAAAGAGAGACUGCGACUGAAGCAGCAAGAACUGCUUCGGCAGGUGAGGCCACAGGCAAUGCGGAAUAUCAAUCCCAGCACAGCAAAUUCUCCAAAAUGUCAGGAAUUAGCUCUCCGUAGCCAGUUACCAACACUGGAGCAGGAUGGUGGGACUCAAAAUCCAGUAUCUUCUCCUGGGAUGUCUCAGGAAUUGAGAACAAUGACGACCAAUAGCUCAGAUCCCUUUCUUAACAGUGGCACCUAUCACUCUCGAGAUGAGAGCACAGACAGCGGACUAAGCAUGAGCAGCUACAGUGUCCCUCGGACCCCAGACGACUUCUUGAACAGUGUUGAUGAAAUGGAUACAGGUGACACUAUCAACCAAAGCACCCUACCCUCACAGCAGAACCGUUUCCCAGACUAUCUUGAAGCCAUUCCUGGGACAAAUGUGGACCUUGGAACACUGGAAGGAGAUGGAAUGAACAUAGAAGGAGAGGAGUUGAUGCCAAGUCUACAAGAAGCUUUGAGUUCUGACAUCCUUAAUGACAUGGAGUCUGUUUUGGCCGCCACCAAGCUAGAUAAAGAAAGCUUUCUUACAUGGUUAUAGAGCCCUCAGGUAGACUGAAUUCUAAAUCUGUGAAGGAUCUAAGGAGAUAUACCUGAAAUUUCCAAAUAAGCCGGUUGUGAUCUUCUGGCUAAUACAGAAAAAGAUGAACAAACGUCCAGCAAGAUUCUUUCAUCCACUAUUUUGCUCUUCCUUGUCCAUUGCUGCUGUUAAUAUAUUGCUGACCUCUUCCAUGUUUGGCUCUAAAGAAUCAAAAAAAAACUUUUUUUGUUUCUUUUGCUAUUAUAACUACUGUUUGUUUUGGGGGCUGGGGGAAGUGAGCCUGUUUGGAUGAUGGAUGCCAUUCCUUUUGCCCAGUUAGAUGUUCACCAAUCAUUUUAACUAAAUACUCAGACUUGGAAGUCAAAUGCUUCACGUCACAGCAUUUAGUUUGUUCAAGCAAUUGUUUCUUCAGCUGCCUUUGGCCAGUGGAAAAACAUGACUUACUGGUCUGACAAGCCAAAAAUGUUGUAUCUGAUGUUAAGUACUUAUGCUGAUUUGAAGAGAUAGCUGAAACCAAGGCUGAAGACUGUUUUACUUUCAGUGGGUUUUUUUUCCUCCUAGUGCUAUCAUUAGUCACAUAGUGACCUUGAUUUUAUUUUAGGAGCUUAUAAGGCUUGAGAUAAUUUCCAUAGAAAUAUAUUAAUUAUUGCCACAUACUCUAGUAUAGGUUUUGGUGGGUUUUAUUGUGGUUUGUUGUUGUUGUCGUUGUUGGUUUCUUUUUUGUUUGUUUUUUGUCUUGGUUGGGGUUUUUAUUGUUUUGGGGGUUUCUUUGUUUUUUUCUUUUUCUUUAUUUUUUGUGUUUUUUUGUUGUUGUUGUUGUUUCUCAGAACUUAGGCAAAUUACCAUUAUAGUGAAUCUGUUUAUACUUGUAGCUUGGGACAGUUAUUGUAGUUCCUUUGGUAAAUCUACAUGUCCUGGUUUUUUUUUACCAUCUUAUUUAAAUCUUGGUAAUCUGCUCUCUCUAUAUACCCACACACACACUUAUAAUGUUUAUGAUAGUGUGAUAGCAGAAUGUAUCCUUUUUUUUUAAGUUUUCCCUACUUUCCAAUUUAUUUUAAAAUGGUAGCUUUGAAUGUAUGUAUUUAGAAUACAUGACUAGUAGUUUAUAUUUCACAGGUAGUUUAAAUCUGGUUGGGGCUGCAAAUGUUGGUGGUAGUUUAGUGUUCUAGAAAGGGCUGUUAUUAUGGGUAGUGCCUAGAGGAGUCCUGUAUGCCCUCUGGGCACACAAUGGAUAUUAUCUGAUGAAUUUGAAAGGAGCAAACAAGAAAUGGCUUUAUUAUCCCCUGGUUAGUCCCUCAGACUAAUUUUAAGUCUUGAUGGGAAAUCACUGAGUUAGGUUCAUAGUGUACAUGACAGAAGUAAGCUUUAUAUAGUGGUUUACCUUCCUUUAGCUUUGAAAGUUUACCUUUGCCUUAGUUUUGGAAGUAAAUUCUAGUACUUUAGUUCUCUUUUGUAGUGAACACAUUAAGGACUACAUUGAAAUAUUACCUACAAAAUCGUUCUUCUAAGACUUGCUUCUGCUUCUGUAUGCUGAGAAUUGACCCUGGAUAGUAUAUAGAAUACUGUAAGGUCAUAAGUUAGCUGGUAAAGUGAUCAGAUUAAUGUAUAUUGGUAGUUGAAUUUAGCAAAGAAAUAGAGAUAAUCAUGAUUAUACUUUUAUUUUUACUGGAAGAGAUAUAACUAGAGUAUGUGUCUACAGGAGUAAUAAUGUUUUCCAAAGAGUAUUUUUAAAGGAACAAAAUGAGCAUGAAUCAAACCUUCAGUAUAAGCUAUGAAGUAAUACUUGGUUGUGAAUUAUAGUGGUAUCAGCUAGCACCUCUAUGAUUAAGGGUCUUUCAGUGUUUCUAGAGUAAGCCCUUAUUUUCAAGGGUUUAUAAGACAUAAAAUCUCUUUUCCUGGCUAAAACUGCUAUGAAAAGCCUCAGCUUAGGAAGACAAGUGGUUUUUUUUUCUUUCUGAUUACAGAAUCUAAGCAUUUUGACCCUUCAAUUUAGAGGAGUGCAAAAGUUGGAAGUAAGAAGUUUUAUAUUAAGUAAUUUCGGUGCUCAAAAUGCAAUCACUGUGUUGUAUAUAAUGAUUCAUAGGUCGAUCAUUCGUAAUAAUUGACUCUAAGGCUAUUAUUAAGAAAACAGAAGAAAGAUUAAAUCUUGAAUUAAGUCUGGGGGGAAAUGGCCACUGUGCAGAUGUAUUGAUUUUUUUAGAGGAAUAAUGAAAUUCUGCCUAGAAUGCAUAAUUGAGUUUAUGGAUGAAUGAUACAGCAUGUUGGCUUUUUAAUGUGCAGAAGAUCAAAGCUACUUGGAAGGAGUGCUUACAAUUUGCCAUUAAGCCACAAAUUAAGAUCGCAUUUUAUAUAUCAGCAGAGUAGCUUUAGAUUAGGGGAGAGGGUGGGAAGGUGGGAGGGGAGUUGUGAAGACUUAGUGGGACCUUGAUAGAGAACUUUAUAAGCUUCUUUUUCUUCAAUAAAGACUUGUCUUACAUCUUGCUGUCAUUAAAGUCAGUUGUUCCUAAAAUUUUAAUCACUCAAGUACACCCACAAAACAAAAAUAUGGAGUUCUUCAUUUCCUCUCACCUUUAAUUUACCCAGUUAUACCUCAGUGUUGAAGCAGCACCGUGGUACCUAACAGACAUGGUGCUUUGAUCUUAUUGUACCCUCUGUACUCACCUGAAGGAGACCUAAGCCUUUCUCUUUCUGAGUUUGAAUCACAGCCUUGAUGUGCUCUUCCUUGUUUUAUGUCCUUAUUCCUAAUGUAACGUGUUUAACUGCUUCUUGGUUGUAUUGGGUGGCAUUGGGAUAAGAUUUUAACUGGGUAUUCUUGAAUUGCUUUUACAAUAAACCAAUUUUAUAAUCUUUAAAUUUA